AUGUACAACAGUCGCCCCCAUCCUCUCCUCCAACAAGUCCCUCUAACAGUCUCCCCCUUCGUCGCCCUUCCAACAGCCCCAACCCUCCCAUACAACUACCAACCAAUGCCCUCGACCCUGCCCCACUCGAUCCUCACCCCCCCGCCGUCCUCCACCGGCGCCACCGCCGACGCCAACUCCUCCACCGCGGCAUCCCCCAGUCCAUCCACCCCCAAACCGCGCUACGUCGUCUCCAACUCUGGCCACGCCGCCCACCCCCAGGACAUCAUCGCCUCAUGCCGCGAGAUGCAGUCCCAUCUCGACAAGAUGCGCAGCGACGCUGAGCGCGAGCUCGCGGAGCUGAAGGAGAAGAUUCGCCAGAUCGAACUCGCUGAGAAACGGAGGAUUGCUCCUGGUUGGCUUGAUAGCGAUGUUAGGGUGUUGGAGCCUGAGAGGAAACAUGUCGGUGAGGAGGGUAAGGCAUCGGGAGAGGGCGCUGCGGAACCGCCGGCGGGUGUGAGCGAGAUGGCGACGGAUGAGGGGGCUGAGUUGGAUAGGGUGUUUGGGACGUUAAAGAUGUGA